AUUUGCAUAGAGGUGGGGCCUCAGAAGAGAGACCAAACCUUCCCAGAGCGCGCCUCAUUUUCAUAGAGUCCUUCACCCACCCACCCCCCGCAGGGGAGCAGAUAGCGCUUCCUCUCACUGCAAACUUCCUCGCUGAUCUUCCGCCUUCCUCUGCGGCCUUCCGUGUCUCCGGAGUUCCGAAUCCAGAUGCUUCCCAAGCGGCGGCGAGUGCGGGCUGAGUCCCCACGCCGCGCUGUUGCUUCCUCCGCGCCGGCGCGCUUCCCGGGGGUGUCCAUCUACCUGGCCGAGCCGCGCAUGGGCCGCAGCCGCCGGGCCUUCCUCACAAGCCUGGCGCGAUCCAAAGGCUUCCGCAUCCUAGAUACCUACAGCUCAGAGGUGACACACGUGGUGAUGGAGCAGACUUCAGCCAAGGAGGCCAUCUGCUGGCAGAAGGACAUGGGCGCUCAUCUCCCAGGCUGCCCCCAGCCCAUUCUGCUGGACAUCAGCUGGUUUACAGAGAGCAUGGCAGCUGGGCAGCCUGUCCCUGAGGAGGUCCGGCACCGCCUGGAGGUAGCUGAACCCAAGAAGGAGCCCCAAAGCUCAGUGACGAUGCCAACUUACGCCUGUCAGCGUCCCACAGCACUCACACACCACAAUGUUAUCCUCUCAGAGGCUCUGGAGACACUGGCAGAGGCUGCAGGUUUUGAAGGCAACGAGGGCCGCCUUCUCUCCUUCUACAGAGCAGCCUCGGUGCUCAAGUCCCUGCCCUGCCCUGUGACAUCCCUGAGUCAGCUGCAGGGGCUGCCCCACUUUGGAGAACAUUCCUCUAGAGUAAUCCAGGAGCUGCUGGAGCAUGGAGCAUGUGAGGAGGUGGAACGAGUUCGCUGCUCAGAAAGGCAUCAGACCAUGAAGCUCUUCACCCAAAUCUUUGGGGUCGGUGUGAAGACUGCUAACCGGUGGUACCAGGAAGGAUUGCGAACGCUGGAUGAGCUCAGAGAACAGCCCCAGAGACUGACCCAGCAGCAGAAAGCAGGGCUCCAGUACUACCAGGACCUGAGCACCCCAGUUGGGCGAGCUGACGCUGAGGCUCUGCAGCAACUAGUGGAGGCAGCCGUGAGACAGACCCUGCCUGGAGCCACUGUCACACUGACUGGUGGUUUCCGGAGGGGGAAGUCACAAGGUCAUGAUGUGGAUUUUCUUAUCACUCACCCUGAGGAGGGCCAAGAAGUGGGGCUGCUGCCCAAAGUGAUGAGGCACCUACAGAGCCAGGGACUUGUCCUGUAUCACCAGCACCAUCGCAGCCACUUAGACUCUACCCACCUCCUACGGCAGAACUAUACCAUGGACGCUUUUGAGAGGAGUUUCUGCAUCUUGUGCUUGCCCCAACCCCCACAUGCAGCUUUAGGGGGGACCCUGCAUCCCUGUCCAACAUGGAAAGCUGUGAGGGUAGAUCUUGUGGUCACCCCCAACAGCCAGUUCCCCUUUGCUCUUCUAGGCUGGACUGGCUCCCAGCUUUUUGAGCGUGAGCUACGGCGUUUCAGUCGGCAGGAGAAGGGGCUAUGGCUGAACAGCCAUGGGCUGUUUGAUCCUGAGCAGAAGACAUUUUUCCAUGCAACUUCUGAGGAAGACAUUUUCAGACUCCUGGGCCUCAAGUACCUUCCUCCAGAGCAGAGAAAUGCCUGAUCCUGCCUGCUGGCCACCACACCCACCCACAAAAGAUGAGGAGUUGCCUCAUGUUUGACCAGGAAUAUUUCUAGACAGAAAGUGGGCUUCCACCCCAUGACCUAACGUAUGCAAAUGGAAUUUUCAGCUGCUGGAACACUGGCAAGAUGUGACCUUGAGUCAGCUUUCAACCUCCAUACUCCUCGAGGUGAAGGGCUCUGAGCAGUUCAUACAUCAAGGAACUGUGGCAGGGUCUGAAGUCUUGGUUGUGGUCCUGGUGUGAGCAUUUGAUCUGUCCACUGUGGUUGCUGUCUGCUGCAGGAUACCCUAUUCAAUGUGCCAGAAAAGAGACAAGUGUCCCUGCCCUGUGCUGAGCUGAUAUGGGAAAUAUAAUUCUGGCUGUGAGUUAUUGCACAGAAGCAAGAAGCCUGACUGAGGGCUGUGCUGCCCCUGGAGAAGGAAGUGGCCCAGGUCAGAAACCUCCAGUGCUGAGGCUGUCAGGCACCACCACCCACAGAGCUGGGCAACAGACUUCAUAAGCAGUACAGCCCCAAAAUCAGAGCCGCACAUGCCUCCUCUUCCACUCCAGCCUGGGCUGAGCCUGGCCUGCCCUCCCACAAUCCCCUGUGCAUCCAUCCACAGCCCCAGCAGUGAAUUCUGGGAGAGCUGGUUCCUAGGACAGAGACUGUGCAGCCCAGCCUAGCAGCCUUACUGAAAACCAUCAGGAUCAGUGGGCAGCAACUGAGUGCUCUUGCUGUCCUGAGUUGUGAGGCACAGGCUCCCUGAUCCUGUCUCUUAACGACAUGUGUCCGUCCGCCACUUUUGACAACCCUGCAGCAGUUUUAAACUUGCAGUCCUCACGAAGGUCCCGUGGCUCCAGCAUCUCUGUCACCUCUUCAAGUCUCAGCUGUACCCUUCCAGUUAAGCCUCCCCCACUUUCCCAGUUCACUUCCUGUCUCUGCUUCCAGACCCUGGGUGACCUACCCCUUCACCUUCUCCGAGGCAGAAACACUCAAGUGGGCUCAUCACAGUGUCCUCUGUUCCCUCAUAUCCCAGGCACGCUCUGGCUCGAAAGGCCCUAGCCCUUGCCUACCGUCCAACCAGUGCCACUUUAUCCUGCCUUCUUCAGGACUUGACGGAGGAGAGCCUCCUAGAUCAAUCACCAUAUUAACAAGUAUUUUAAAGAUUAACAUUCAAUAAAAUGGAUUCUUAUGGAGUA